AUGACCGUGGACAUGGACUACCCCUUCCAUAUAUACAUAACUGACUGGACCCUUAGAAGAAUCACACGAUCCGUAUUCGAUCCUUCAGGGGCCAAUCUUCCGACAUCAUCAGUAUUUUUCGAGGGUUUUGAUGGCUUAACCGGUCUAGUAGUUAGAAAUCGUGGAAGUAGUUAUGCGCCGUCAGGAUCAUGUAAAGGUUCGGAUGAAAGCAUAUGCUUCACAUCUUCAAAAUUUGUUUGUAAAUCCAAAUUUCUCGACCAAACCUCUCAAAAAUGUUCAUUGUCAAAGAACUUUGUGGCCAUUGCUGACUUGAACUCCAUAAAGUUCAUGAACCUUGACCUCGUGGCCCCUGCUAGUGAAAUCAAUCAUGUGAUGACUGUGGUGCAGGGUGAUUCCUAUAUGGCUAAUAUUGCCGCUCUGGCUUACUAUAACGACAGUCUCAUAUAUUUCAAUAUUUUUGACAACACAUUCAACUCCUUAAACCUGGUCACAUUUCUGACCACACCAAUCUACCGGGUAAACCACAUCGUUGAGAGCAUGUUGCAGCACGACAACGUUCUAUACUGGUCAGACAGCAACUAUGGACUUAUAUGCUACCUGUCACUGCUCAAUCCAAGCAGCGGUCAUAAGAUUCUACGACAAAAACUGAGCAAGCCGAGAGAUUUGGCUAUCCUUAGAGGUGAGUUAUAUUGGACAGAAUGGGGCAAAUCGCCAAAAGUAGCCAAAAUCGCCCUGCCUGAGUCAGCUUCCUCUGUCAAAGAAACAGUCAUUGUCAUACCCUCCCCAUUGGCCAACUUGUCCCUGACGUGGCCAAAUGGGUUGGUGUUUGACGGGGCAACUGAUGCAAUCCCACCAGCGAUGGUUGAAACGCAGUUAACGGACGACAUCACGCAUAUUUACGAUAUCGGCUUCAUCAACCAGAACAUCUUCUACACGGAUAUGCUAACCGGAUCGUUAAACGUGAUCCCACUGGACACCGGAAGGAGUUCAGUGGUUAUAGACAACCUAAUUAGGCCAUCGCAGUUUGUCAUUAGAUAUACCACCUCUCCGUCCAACUAUUGCAAUCCUGUAGUCAAGAAUAAGGUGUGCGGUUCUGACCCGAACAUUGCAUGCAAGUCAAUCCUUGGUAGCAUGGUUGAGUGUUCAUGUGUCGAUCAAGUCAAUUAUGUCUACGUUAAAUCUUCGAAAGCUUGCGCCUGUAAGUAA